GUUUCCGGCCAGAAACGAUUCUCUCCUCCGUCGUUUCUAUGACUUCGAUUCUCAACACCGUCUCCUCCAUCCAUUACUCCAGAGUUACCUCCGUCGACCGAGUCGGAGUUCUCUCUCUCCGGAAUCCGGAUUCCGUCGAGUUCACUCGCCGACGUUCUAGCUUCUCGACGUUGAUCUUCGAAUCACCCGGGCGGAGACUUGUUGUGCGUGCGGCGGAGACUGAUACUGAUAAAGUUAAAUCCCAGGCACCUGACAAGGCACCAGCCGAUGGUUCAAGCAUUAACCAGCUUCUCGGUAUCAAAGGAGCAUCUCAAGAAACUAAUAAAUGGAAGAUUCGUCUUCAGCUUACAAAGCCAGUCACUUGGCCUCCAUUGGUUUGGGGAGUCGUCUGUGGUGCUGCUGCUUCAGGGAACUUCCACUGGACCCCUGAGGAUGUUGCUAAGUCGAUUCUUUGCAUGAUGAUGUCUGGCCCAUGUCUUACUGGCUAUACACAGACAAUCAACGACUGGUAUGAUCGAGAUAUUGACGCAAUUAAUGAGCCAUAUCGACCAAUUCCAUCUGGAGCAAUAUCAGAGCAAGAGGUUAUUACACAAGUCUGGGUGCUAUUAUUGGGAGGUCUUGGAAUUGCUGGAAUAUUAGAUGUGUGGGCAGGGCAUACCACGCCCACUGUGUUCUAUCUUGCUUUGGGAGGAUCAUUGCUAUCUUAUAUAUACUCUGCUCCACCUCUUAAGCUAAAACAAAAUGGAUGGGUUGGAAAUUUUGCACUUGGAGCAAGCUACAUCAGUUUGCCAUGGUGGGCUGGCCAAGCAUUGUUUGGCACUCUUACACCAGACGUUGUUGUUCUAACACUUUUGUACAGCAUAGCUGGGUUAGGAAUAGCCAUUGUUAAUGACUUCAAAAGUGUUGAAGGAGACAGAGCAAUGGGACUUCAGUCUCUCCCAGUAGCUUUUGGCACUGAAACUGCAAAAUGGAUAUGCGUUGGUGCUAUAGACGUUACUCAGCUCUCUGUUGCUGGAUAUCUAUUAGCAUCUGGCAAACCUUAUUAUGCGUUGGCGUUGGUUGCUUUGAUCAUUCCUCAGAUCGUGUUCCAGUUUAAAUACUUUCUCAAGGACCCUGUCAAAUACGACGUCAAGUACCAGGCAAGCGCGCAGCCAUUCUUGGUGCUCGGCAUAUUUGUAACGGCAUUAGCAUCGCAACACUGAAAAAGGCGUAUGUUGAUGGAGUUUUGGCGAAAACAGAGGUGUUGAAAUCCCAAAUGUGGGCAAGUGAUGGCAUCAACUAGUUUAAGAUCUUGUAAAAUGUAUGUACCAUCACUAGAGACAACUCUUGUUGUAUCAAUUUAGCGGAACGGCUGAGAAAUUGUAACGUCUCUCGAAAUAAGACAGGCAUAUUAUU